GGAUGCUCUAUAGGAGUUCUGGACAUUUUUGGAUUUGAGGAUUACCAACACAACAGUUUUGAACAAUUUUGUAUCAACUUUGCAAAUGAAAAAUUGCAGUUUUACUUCAACAAGCAUGUCUUCAAGCUUGAACAGGUGAGUUUGUUGGGAAAUGAUUGCCACUUAUUUGACACAUUCACAGGACUGUGAUUUAAUGGUGAAAUGCUCCUCCAAUACUUUUGACGUCAAACAAGUGGAAAAAUACGUUUUGCAACAGUCCAACUCGAAUGAGUAUACUGAGUUAUGUCGACUCGACAGAAAGAGUUGUCAAGUGGAAAAUGCAUUUCAGUUCACUCAAGGGUCUGCUUUGCACAGUUUUAUAGUCGGGCGAAUCUUACGAUAGACAAAAUUAUUGUUUUACUGUACGCGGCAAAAUAAUGUCAUUUAAAGUGAAUUUGACCACUUUGCAACUUUUUUUUCUCGAGUAGAUACAACUUGUCCGUUCUUAAGGAUUGUAAAACAUAUUUUAAGAGUCGUAUCUUAUUGACAGUUUUGGAAGAAUUGUAGUACACACCUACCUCCCAUAAUCCCAGGAGAGCUGUCACUUCUAAUGAACAACUCAUACAAACAACACAAAGUAUUGGUGAUUCCAACGUAAUUUAAAUAACCGCUAAUUGGAAUUUUCAUGCUAUCUUUAUGUGUGAACACAGAAACAGAUGUUUCAUAUGUUCAAAAGGUUGAUAGUGCUAUCCACUAGAUAAAUCUCUAUCCACUAUAUCUAAUUUUUCGACUGCUGAACUGUAUCUUUGCUCUUUUCUGGGAUAUCACACCCAAGCUUCAGAGGUUACUAACUUUAACCCUUAUGAAAAAAUGAAUAUAUGAAAAUCAGGAUAUAUGUGAACUGCAGAGUGAAGAAUUAAAUGAAGGAUGAGCAUCGCAGUUAUAUACACGACUUUUGCAGUUGUGAAAAGGCUUUCUUUUCGCAACUGCAAAAGUUGCUUAUGUAACUGCGAUGAUCAUCCCUCAUUUAAUUUUUAACCUUUAUAAGUCCCAAGAGCAACUAAAUUCAAUUUUAUCUUAAUGUCAAUACAUAAUGUAGAGAAAAUGUUGUGAGAAUUAAUGAAAUAAUCAUCUGAUGGGAAAAGCUUUGAUCAGCAAACAAAUUCUCUCAACCAACUCCUAAAGGAAAUGUAUGGAGAUUAGUCUGGAGAAUUUGUAUUUGUAUAUUAGGGCUUAAUGGGUUAAGGUGCUAUUUCCAGCAGUGUCAAUGGAUUUUUGCUUACUGGAAGUUAAAAUAAAAUUGUGGAACGGCUUAUUGUUUGUGAUUUUAAGUUUCAUUUUGGUUAUCAUAAUUUUGUAACUUUCAGGAUGAAUAUGUUUCUGAAGGAAUUGAGUGGAGAAAUGUUGAAUUUGUUGACAAUUCUGCUUGUUUGGAUUUGAUUUGUGGCCGGCCAACAGGACUCUUAAACUUGAUUGAUGAGGAGAGCAGGUUAGUGUACAGGCACACCAACCCGAGCACAGUAAUCCCAAACUCGACCAUCCCUGGCCCAAAAAGUUGAAUUUGUUGUAAUGGAGGUAAAAAGUCAGUAAGGGAACCAUCUCCCUCUUUGCUUUGCAUUGCAUCUUUCCUUUUUGUGCAUGUAGUUUAUUCAGACAGAUUUAUGCCAUGAGUUGUAAUACAGUCAAACCUGUAUUAAGUGGACCUCGAAAGUGUAUGUCGCGGUUACCAUUUUUCUAGGUUCCAUUGAGUUGUUUUUUUUAAUGGUGUUCACUGUACCACACAUGUAGUUCUAGUGCAGCAGACACACUAUGUACAAUGUAUGGUGUUAAGUUGUCUUCAACCUGCUUUCUUUUGGUACAAGAAGAGUAAGAAACAGUCUGAGGUCAAUUUAUCGUGGGAUACUAGUUAUAAACAUUUCGCCUUCGGGUGACCGCCUAGCACUGGCUAAACUGUAUAACGAAUUGUUUUCUCUUCUUUUGCCAGUUUUCCUGGUGCCUCGGAAACAUCAUUGUUGGACAAAUUGAACAAGAAUCAAUCAGGCCAUGUGCAUUAUGAGCAUUCUCUUAUUCAGGAUGCUUUUGUCAUCAAGCAUUAUGCAGGCAGUGUCAAGUACAAUAUUCAGGUUAGCAAACUGUUAGGGUAUUAGUUGUUGCUUUCAUUAAUUUUCGAAGCUCUCCGUCACAAAUGUCCUGUCCUGUGUGAAGUUAAACAGUCUGAUGAAUUAACGUUUUAAUUGUAACGACGUGUAUUGUUUGCUUGCAGGGAUUUUUGGAUAAAAACAGGGAUCUCAUGAGACCGGACAUUUUAAGUGUUUUAAAGAACAGCGAUUCACGAUUUGUCAGAGACUUGCUU